AUGUCAUCUACUCAACGUCAUUGUGCUGCUUGCCAUAUGCUUGGACAUAGCAGAAGUACUCAUAAGCAAUGUCUCAUGAACCCAAAGAACAUUUCUCUCCACAUUCCUCAAAAGAGAACUAAUGUAGAUGAAUAUCCUGCAGAAAGUAGCCAAACUACUGCCUUGAGAAUAAGAAGUGAGCCUGUCCAAGACCAAAAUUUGGACAUAGAAACAUUGACUUUUAUUUCAGUUUCUGAGUUGACUGAAUUUCCACUCGCAAAUGAGACUAUUACUGAAGUUCUUGAAGCAGUCAUGGAAGAAGAGAUUGAGGAGACUUCAUCCGAUGAAGAAGUGACUGGAAGAGAAGAAGAAGUCGAGGGACAAUCUAUAGAUCUCACUUUGCGUUUAGUAGCUGAGGGGCCUCGAGAUCAAAGACGGUACAAUGCUCCAACUGCAAGUGAAAUAGCAGUUCUUAGUAUGAAUAAUGAAGAGAGUACUUCAAGAGACAUUGUGCUGCACACCAGAGCCAACUUCCAACAGAGCAUCAAUGAUGAAGAUGGUUGGACCAUUGAUGCCAGCUCAUUGUCAGGAGAGCAUGUCACAGUAAUGCAAUGGUACUCAAACUGUUUGAUGUAUCGACACAACACACAGCACCUCCUCCAUCUUUUUGGCCGUCUCUUUCAACAAUAUAUUGUUGAUAUGUAUGCCAAAGUUGAGCACAAUUGGCUGCACUUCAUCACCAGCAAUCAAAAUCGUCUCCAUGUAGAUCUUUAUAGUGGAAUUCAGGAUGCUGUUAUCCAUAACGAUUGUAAUCUUGCAAAUCUUGGAAAGAGAGUUAUUCUUCCAUCUUCUUUUAUUGGUAGCCCCCGGUAUAUGGCUCAACUUUAUCAAGAUUCAAUGAGUAUUGUGCGUCGUUUUGGCAAGUCUGAUUUGUUCAUAACUUUCACUUGCAAUUCAAAGUGGCCAGAAAUCACAAAUUCUCUGUUGGCUGGGCAAAAAGCUAAUGACAGACCAGAUCUUUGUUCUCGGGUUUUCAAUAUGAAGCUCAAAGAGCUCAUGAUUGACCUUACAAAAAAAAUAUUCUGGGGAAAGUUUUGGCCUUUAUAUAUGUCAUUGAAUUUCAAAAGCGCGGACUUCCUCAUGCCCACAUUCAUUUGA